AUGGGCGGCCUUCCAACAACAAUCCCUGAUGUUCCAGUCUGCGCUGUUUUUAUCGUUCUCUACAUGUGCUUCGCCGCAACAAACAUGACCAUCUUCCAGCUCAACCGUCGGAAAGGCCACAAAUUUAUUCCCUCUGCUAUGAUGUUUGGUUUCUGCAUGUCAAGACUUAUCACCAUGGCCCUGCGCAUCGCCUGGUCGCAAAAUCCAACGAAUGUCCGACUUGCGCUAGCCGCCCAGAUUUUUGUUAAUGCCGGCGUGUUGAUCAUUUACAUCAUCAAUCUCAUUCUCGCCCAACGCAUCCUCCGCGCAAAGCAGCCACAAAUUGGGUGGAAUCCGAUCUUGCGCAAAGGAUUCAAGGUCGUCUAUGCGCUGAUUGGAGGCGCCUUGAUUAUGGUUAUCACAGCUGUCGUUUUGAUGGUGUAUACAUUAAAUCCCACCGUCCAGGAGAGAUGUCGGGAUGUCGAGCUUGCGGCUCUCACCUAUCUUCUUGUCUUCAACUGCCUCCCAGCUCUGCAUAUUGCCGCGGCAGUGUUCCUUCCCAAGUCACAACACGAGGAGAGAUUUGGACAAGGAAGCUCACGGAGCCAGGUUCUCAUUGUAACAACGUCUGCUUGUUUCUGCAUGAUGAUUGCUGGGUUCAAGACUGGCGUCAACUGGAGUCCUGUGCGUCUUGCCACAAACGCAGCCUGGUAUGAUUCCAAGGCUUGUUUCUACGUCUUCAACUUCACCUUCGAGAUCAUUGCCCUCAGUGUCUUGACUUUCAGUCGCAUUGACAAGCGAUUCUGGAUUCCCAAUGGGUCAACGAAGCCGGGAGAUUAUACGGACCUUGGAAAGUCUACCCCGGCUGGUGUUGACGCUGAAUCGCUUGAAGAUCUCUCAACUAUACAUGAGAAGAAUGGCCAAGCGGCUUGA